CCCCCAUUAUGCAACUCAACACCACACAGUAGGGCUCCCUCCCACCCACCGUCAGCCUAUUGCGAGACAGGAACACUACGGGGGAAGGCUGCCUACUUCUCACCACCGCUUAGAUUUAAGAGUUGGAUUAUGGGGCUCCUUCCAGGGUUUAGCUGUGUGGUUCUCCCCAUGGCGCUGGCCCUCCUGUCUGCUGCUAGUGUCCAAGGUGGUAAAGUCCUGGUGUUCCCAGUGGACGGCAGCCAUUGGAUCAACAUGAACCUGCUGAUCGAGGGUCUCCACGGCAGGGGUCACGAGGUCACGGUGGUCCGCACGUCAACAAGCUGGUACAUCAAGGAGCAGUCCCCCCACUACACCUCCAUCACCAUCUCCCUGUCUGAAGCCAUGAACCUGGAAAACCAGGACUUCUUCGUGGAGUUCCUGUCCAAGAUGCUGGCCCUCCAGAAAGAGGGAGCGUCCGUGUUGGCCUUUGUCUCCUUCUACAGCCAGAUGCUGACAACGCUGUCCGGUAUUCACCACCAGGCUUGCCAGGUCGCCGUGAAGAUGUUCGAAGACAAGGCGUUGAUGCAGAGCCUGCGAGACGCCCAGUAUGACGUGGUCCUGAUGGAUCCAGGUCUGCCCAUCGGGGUUCUCUUGGCUCAUGAGCUCAAACUCCCCACAGUUUUUAACGUUCGGUGGAUCACCAGCGGAGAGGGACACUUUGUGGUCGCGCCCUCCCCCGUUUCUUACGUUCCCACUAGCGGUUGUGCAGUGACGGACAAGAUGACCUUCCCGGAGAGGGUCAAAAACAUGUUCCAUUUCAUGCUGAACAUAGUCAUCGAUAAAAUGGUGGUGAGCCCUCACUACAAUCGACUGGCCGAGAAGUAUCUAGAACCUGGGACCAAUUUCUACCAACUCCUACAGGGAGCGCACAUCUGGCUCAUGAGGGUGGACUUUGUCUUUGAGUUCCCCAGACCUACCAUGCCAAACAUCAUCUACGUUGGCGGCUUCCAGUGUAAACCCUCAAAGCCUCUGCCUGCUGAUCUGGAGGACUUCGUCCAGAGCUCAGGGGAACACGGUGUGAUCGUGAUGUCACUGGGUUCCCUGGUCAAAGGCCUGCCCGUUGAGAUCACCAACCAGAUUGCCACUGCCUUCGCACAGCUUCCCCAGAAGGUCAUCUGGAGGCUCCCCGGAGAGCCGCCGAGCACCUUGGGAAACAACACCAUGCUGGUGAAAUGGUUGCCUCAGAACGACCUUCUCGGCCACCCCAAGGUCAAAGCGUUUGUCGCCCACGGGGGGACCAACGGCAUCUAUGAGGCCAUAUACCACAAGGUGCCCAUCGUGGGCAUACCCCUGCUCUUCGACCAGUUUGAGAACAUCUUGAGGCUGGAAGUGCGCGGUGCUGCUAAGGGAGUGGACGUCACCAAACUCACCAGCCAGAACUUUGUCGAAACACUACAAGAGGUUCUACAUGAUCCUUCCUACAGGGACAGCAUGAAGCGGUUGUCGGACCUCCACCGGGACAAGCCCAUGCACCCUCUGGACACUGCCCUCUUUUGGGUAGAGUUUGUAAUGCGGAACAAGGGAGCCGCCCACUUGCGUACUGAGUCCUAUAAAUUGCCUUGGUACUCGUAUCAUUCAUUGGACGUUAUGUGCCUGCUGGUGGCUGUGCUGUCCCUGUUGGUAGCAGUCAUAGUUCUCUCAAUUUAUUAUAUUUGUUCUAAACUGUGCAGGAGAAAGCAGAAGCUAGAGUGAUAUGUUUGGCUGUUUAACUGUUUGUAGGAGGCGAGCAUCCAAAAAACGGAUGCCAUGUGCAUUCUGAUAGAUCGUGGUCAUCAACCUUUUUAAGCCCAAGAUCUCUGACCUCGACCUGUGUGAAAGGCAAGAUCUACCUAUUGAAGACUUGAGAAAAAACAACAGACAGCGCAGAAUGUAUUUCCAAUUAAAGGCUGUUUUUAAUGCAAUCUAUCAAAACUAACUGAAAACAAAAAAUAAAGCCAUGUGCCCUAUUUCCCAUUUAUAAUAUUGUACAACUGUACCACAACACACACACAAAUUCUACAGACUUGCAGUGGACAGAUAUUGAAGUGUAAUUAACUGUUUUGCUUACCCAAUAACCACAUGGAAGUUAACAAAUGUAUGCUUCACAUUUUAGAAAGUGGAACUGUAAUGUGUAUCAAUAAAAUUCUCAGUGCAAUUAA